UGGCGGAUAGUGGCCAGUGCUUCAGUUACCAGCCGCUUGCGCACGCGCUUCUAAACUUGAAAAUAAAUAAAUAACUUUUUAAUCGCGUUCUAGUGGCCAGUGCGUGUUAGUGAUUUGAAAAUUAAGUUUUUACACAGAAGUGAAUUUGGAUUGGUACUCUUUGGAUCAUAACUAUAGCACCAUGCCGUCCAAUAAGGAUUAUAACAGCAAAAAUCACUUCGCUCGUUCUUUCUCUAACAAUGACACCAGCAUGUCAGCUAAAGUAUACCACCACGCCACAAACCUCAUGCCACCGACCCCACCAGUAUCCCCUACGGGUCUAGCACCCUCGUUUCCUACGGGCAAGUCUUCCACCAGCACCUGGGGCCGGCAGAACAGCCAAAACGGCGGGAAAUACUCAUGACAAGAUGGCGGAUAUAAACGCAAGAUGGUGGAAAACAAAAUGGCCGACGAUUGCGUGGUGACGUUGACACGGGUUCCUGCUGAAAUUAUUUUGAACAAAAAAUACUAUUUACAUUAUGCACAUGACAUUUAUUAGGCGACUCAAUUUUAAAUUAGUGAUUGUCGAUAAAAUGUAAUUUACAUCAACAUUAUUCCAUUGAUAAAUUGAUAAUGUUGGUAGGUAGGUAUUUUAUCUUUAAAAUUCGGUCUUGACUCUAAACUACCUACUCUAUUGAACGAAAUCCGUUUCGAUUUUAAACUAUGUAGUCUCUUUUGUAUAGAUGAGCAGUAGGUAUUGUCAAUAUUUUCAGAAGGGCUGGGAAUAUUGGCUGGCACUAUGCGGGAAUGACCCAAUCUAGGGUAAAGUUCCCGAAAACAGUCCAUCUCUACUUUUUUUCAUCAUUUUAUUUAUUGCACCAAUAAGAUGCAAUAUUUUAAGUGUAGUAAAUAAACUAAACACGUUAUCUAUAAGUGAAAUGGGUUUCAUGUACCUAUUUUCCAUGACAUUGUUAUUGUGUUUGGACUGCUCAAGGUUCUUGUACUACGCAAUUUAUUAACCACACUGUUUAGUAAAUUAGGCAUUCCUCUUUUAUCGAUUAUUAAUAAUACAUGUUUGUCCUUUUUCCAGACCGCAUGUCAAUGAUAUUGAUAAGAUAAAAUGUAGUUACACGUCAUCGUACCUAAUUGCUUGUGAAAUUUUUGGAGAAUAGAUCUUUCUUUCAUUUUAAAAAUUAUAAGUUUGCUCCAGUAGUAUUUUCAAUUUUAUUUGUUUUCUUUCGCAUUGAUAAACUAAUAAAAUAAUGUAUUAAAAGUUUAAUAACUUACAUGUUGUACAUGUUUCGAAAAUCCGAAUAUUUUAGGUAAAAUAAUAUUUGUA